GGAGAUUGGCUGGAGAUUGAACACCUUGCCUGGAAGGACGUCAAUGGAGAGAGGGAAGGAAGAGGGCUCUGAUGUAUUAUCAAUCUUCGAUUCGGGAACAAUGCCUAUGAACAACGCUCGUUGUCAUCUUCCAAAAGAACUUCCCAUCUCAGUAACCUCGUUCUGAUGCCUACCAUCACCAAAACAGCUUCUCCACAUUGUGCGCAUACCUUUUGUGGUUUGCAGCGCAAACCACUUCACGACGCCACAUUGGCCUGUGCCUCGAAGGUUUGGAUCCCCGAGGUCUAACCAUCAGGAGUUUCCCGUUCCACUGUUACUCGGGUCUGUUGAUUUGCAGGCCGUAGCAUCUGAACAUUGACAGAACGCGAUAUCAUGUACAUGAAAGCGCCCUGUUUGCUACCAGCAGUGAUUGCUGUAGAUGAUUGUCAUAAUCCAACAGGGUCAUCACAAGAGCACUACGAACAAGUAAAUGAUUAUACGAGCGCUGCUCCUAUACUUCGCCAGGGAAUGAUCGGAAGCUUUGUCGGCGAGCGCACGUGAUGAGCAUGUGACUUUGUCAUCUCCAGGGGGCUAGAGAGAUCAGUUUGAACGGAGCAACUUGAUCUGAUUGGUGAUGGGUGGCAAGUGCUGUGACACGCAACUGUGGUUCCUGGUCUUUAAGGCGAUAUCUGCUACCAAAUCCCGAACAUCAUCAUUCCACCACCAUCUCUAUCUAUUCUGCACUGCACUGGCUUCAUAUUCUACACCCAAAGCAGCAUCGAAAUCUCACCACCGUGCUAUGUGCCACUCAUUCCAAGUCUCAAGCGAAGGCUAUAUGUCGGGAUGACAAGGUCCAAUAACUCAUUUCGGCCCUUGCAACUCGAAAACGGCAGCAUUGUAAGGAGAACUGACGAAGAUUGUUUACUGCAUCUAGACGAGAUCCAUGCGCCUGAACUUGUAUCUCCAUAUGUGCUGGUGUUUCUCGUCGCGGAUUCGAGCGGGACCAACCACUUGGUACUCGCGCGCGAACCCCUCCUUUCUCAAGACCAUUGGA